UCGUCACUAGUUAUCAUAGCCACAAAUAAACCCCGCCCAUUUGUACAAUUUAUAUUUUUUAAAUGUGAUUUUAAAGCAUACCCUAACCGUAACCACACUGCUAACCCUAUGCCUCGUCCUAACCUUCAAUUAAGACCAAAAAUAUAUUAGGUUUAAUACAUUUUUAAUAUGUAGGCCAAUUUGACUUUGUGGCUGUGGUAACUAGUGGAAGAUCUUGUUGCGCCCUGGAAUUGGGUCUGACGGCAACUCUCAACCAUAGAGAAUGAUAGAGAGGCCUGUAAGUGCCCAAAGGCCUUUUUAGCAUGAGCAGCACCAUUGAGUGCUUCCACCACUGCAAUGUAGUCAACUGGGUGAGACGUCCAACUUCAUUAGCUGAGCCCUCCUGGUGACCCUGUUGGAGUCAUGUCCGACCUGGACAUGAAGGGAUCAGCGAAUCGAGAAGAAGAAAAUGGACUACUUUAAAAUGGAGAUAGCCUCAAUGGCGCUGCCCAUGCUCUCACAUAAAUUAUAAUGGCACAGAUACAAAGACGAGCCCUCUAUCUAUCUCUAUGCUCUAAACUUUCUUCUUAUUCUUAGUGUGGUUUUCCAGCUGCCUUUCACAGGUCGGAGUGUGAAUUGCACAUUUGUUCAAAAUUGUACCCUCCAGAUUUCACAAAAAAAGGGCAAUGGGAAAAAGAAAUGGGCCCCACCAUCUAACUUUACAUAAACGCCCACCACCCAACAAACCCACCACCCUUUCCCACUAUUUUGGCCCUAACAGAUCCUCCCAGAACCUCCUGUAGUUUUUCUUCACCAAAAUCUCUGACACCCAAAGCUUCUCUGCUGCUGCUAUUACCUCAUCAAUCUUCUUGGAUUUUCCGUUCCAUUUAUGAGGUACAAUUAAUGACCAUGGUUAAUUUCCUCACUGCUUCAGCAUAACACUUUCUGCACUGCUCGAAAACUGGCAACCUCAAACGGACUCUCUUGACCCACACAGCUCUUUCCACCGAAACUAAACACAAGUCAGAUGUUUUAGACCCGACAGCGAGCCAGGCGGAUAGCAUCUCGAUUGCUAAUGUCUGACGGUGUAUUGAGAGAUGCAGAUGCUGUCCCCGAUGCGGGCGCCUGUCGUUUGAAGCCGGUCGAAACUCCAAGAACCAAUACAGGCAGAACCAUGGACAGAUCCUGUAAAAAAUGGUCAGCCUGUGGUGUGCGUGGGUGAGGAGGAAAGCGGGUAAGGAGAUGGGCUGCACCUCGGCCAAGCAGGUGUCGGCAGUGCCAAGUGGUGAGGAGGGCCGCAGUAAAGCCUACAGCAAUGGGGACCUUCUUUCCGACGAGUACAAAAAAGGAGUGGAAAAGGUCAAGUAUAUCAAUGGAGAAGAGGACAGACUGAACACCUGCAACCAGGACAGCACGGAGAAAACUGCCCUGCUUACUAGGGUCCAACGCACAGAUGACACAGGAUCAAAUGGCAAUGGGAAGACACAUAUCCAUUCUUCAGAGAGCCAGCAAGAGUUCUUCAGGAUGCUGGAUGAGAAGAUAGAAAAGGGGCAGGACUACUGCUCAGAGGAAGAGGAUAUGACAUAGCACUGACGUCCGCUAUCUGCUCCCCUGAGAAGAAGGAUUUGUCCAAUGGAGGCUGGUGUUAUUUCAGCCAUUACAAUGAGCCAUUCCAUUCCAGCCAUUACAAUGAGCCCAUCCUCCAAUUUCUCCCUCCACUUGCCUCCACUGGAUUUUUCCAAUGGCAUGGACAGACUAUACCACAUAUACCUUACCCAAUGGCCCCUCCUCCUUUUGGACUGGCCCAUUUCGUGGAUGGAGUGGGAGACACGUUGACCCUCAAGCACCUUUGCUUACCACACUGUCUAUAUCUACAACCGUCUCCCCGUAACAGAUGUUUGAGUCCAUUGCGACAAUGUCCCCCCCCCACCCCACCCCAAAGGAGGAAGGACCACUUCCAGGCGUAUAAUUUUGAACAACUCUCCAAGUCUGUCGCCAUGGUUACCCUGCACACGAAGUACAGCAGCUGCUCUAGACUCUGUGACUGUGGUCCGUUAAAAGACACUGGCAUUCUAGUCAUUUUGAACCCAUGGAUUGACUAAAGCCACGACCAAUAACCAUGAUGGUAUCAGUCUCAAAGAACAUUUGUCAAUCCUUAUCUGAUUCUGAUUGGAUUAUGAACAGUGGAGGUAAUGGAGAGCAGAAGAAAAUGAAUCUGGGAAUUAUUCCAGGGGUCGUAUUCAUUGGGCACCAAAUGGAAGAAAACGUUCUGAAACAGGGAGGGCCUUCGAAUAAGAAGCGGCAGUUGACAUUUUCCAUAGCAAAAUGUUUUUUUCUACAGUGUUCCCUAAUGAAUGCGAUCCAGGUGGCUGGAAACAUUGAGCAUUGCAGAUAGAAACACGAAUACAGCUGCUGAUGCUCCUUAUCAUUGCAUUAUAUCCUUAUCUCUAUGUAGUGUAUAUCUAUCUGCAACAUUCCAAGCGUGCCACCCCAAUGAACACACCCUUGGAGGGGAAACCGGGGCUACUUACUUCCUGCAUUCCAAGACACUUUUUGAAUCUUCUUUUCUACAGUAUGUUCAUAUGCGAUUCAUAGUCUUAUCUAUGUCUUCUUACUUCACCACGUAGGUUAUUCUUGUUUAAUUUUAAUGCUCAGGGUUGAAGUGUUCUAGUCAUUGUCUUUUGUAGGAGAGCCUACCUCUUCAUUAGGCUUUGUUGUCCCAUUUGUGUACACACACACGGUUAUUUCCCUAGCACCCUACUGUCACUAUCUGUUCUUCUUACCUGUUAAUAAGACCAUCUCAGUGUUAAAUCUACAGGCAGUAUACUGUAUUAGGAGCAUAGAUCAUGCAAUGGUCUUUGCAUUUGUCGUCAUGGUCAUUUUUCUGUGCUUGUUUUUCAUGUUCAAAUGUGUUUUUUUUUUAUUAUAGUCAAAUAAAAAACAAGAAAUGUU